CUCCCUUCUCUUCCUCUUCUUACUUUCUUCUAAUAUCCAGUCUGUAAGACGCAGCGCUGGAAUGGCCACUGCACUACCCACUUUGGCCAUCCCAGGCCAGCGCCUGGGCUCAAUUGCCUCAUAUGCCGCCGGUCCUGGUACACACGUGCAGAACGCAACCAUCUAUGCCUCGAUCGCAGGCCCCGUGGUCGUUGAUCAAGCGCAACCCAGCUCCAAAGCAAAGCUCAUCCUGAGUGUCUCCCGCACAGGCCCCAAGAAGGCAGCUGCACCUGCACCCAGCACCAAGGCGUCCGCCAAACCAGCCACCACUGGAAAGCCCAAGCUGAGAUACAACACCCUCCCCGCCGUCGACUCGGUCGUGUUGGCGCGCGUUACCCGCGUUCAGAAGCGACAAGCCACCGUGUCUAUUCUAGUUGUGCUCGAUGAAUCUGCUAGUUCCCAGCCUCUCAACCCCGCACAGACUGCAUCGGACAAUGACAACAUCGAAGCUAUUCUCUCGUCCGCGGCUAAUCCAGAGAACCAUAGCAACUCGGACGAACUUCGCUUCCAGGCGCUGAUCCGCAAGGAGGACGUUCGCGCCGUUGAGAAAGACCGCGUCGUCAUGGAUGAGAUGUUCCGUGUUGGGGAUAUUGUUCGUGGAACGGUCAUCUCGCUCGGUGAUCAGAGCUUCUACUAUCUUACCACCGCACGCAAUGAUCUGGGUGUCGUUAUGGCUCGCAGUGAGUCGGGAAAUAUGAUGUUCCCGGUUAGCUGGAAGGAAAUGAGAGAUCCUGUUACUGGGGUCGCGGAGUUGAGGAAGGUUGCUAGGCCGUUUUGAGAGGUCUAUCACCUUUUUCUGGGGUGAGAGGAAUUGAAUGAUACCAGCAAUUAUGAAUGAUGCGUUGGUCUGGCCAAGCC